ACCAUUUCAAAAAAAGUAACAUAAAUUUACUAUGAGUUUUUGUCCAAAUGCGAUGAAAACACCCAUACCUUUCUACAAAUAUAUUGGAAGCAAAUAGUUACUACCCCCUCCUUUCAUGAAGAUGCGGCCUCCAGCAAAAUCUUAAAUAAUGUGGAAGGUUAGUUCUAAUUAUACAUGAUUAAGGUAUUCCAAAAAAAUUACAAUUAAUCUACGCUUAAUCACAGGCAUAAAGAGGGUUACUGUAAAAAAUAUCGUAUGUAAAUAUUUAUAUUUUACCGUUUUAUUGAUUGACAUAUAACUUUAAAAACCUUGAUAAAUAUCGAUCAUUUGCUAUUUGCCAUUUUCUGCAACAUGUUGAAAUAAUAUGAAUUCAAAAGUUAUAUUUGCAUUAGAAUAUUGCAAUUAUUUUCAUAAUAACUCUGACAAAAGCCAAACAGAUUUUGACAUAAGUGGUCAACCAAAAUUAUUGUGGACUUAUAUUAUUGAAGCUAUCUUAGAAUACUAUAGAAUUGUCUGUGAUAUUUUUAUUGAAGAAAAAAAAGUAUCCUGUUUUUUGGCUUUCUUUGAUGAAGACAUAGGAAAUUUUUCGAAUAUUAAUGAAAUAGCAUCUUAUAAAUCAGGGUCAUCAUCUGAUAUAUUGAAGAAUUUUGCCAAAAUUAAUAUCAAAUUAAUUCAAAAAACCUUCAAUGAUAAUUGUGACAAUAGAAAUUUUAAAAAUUUAAUUAAUCAUUCCUUCAAUCAAUUUGCCAUGCCUAAAAUAGAGAGUUAUGACAACAAUAAAAUUAUAUACUUUAGCCAUUUUAUAUUAGAAGAGAAGCUAAAUCAGAUAAAAGAAAUCAUCACAGAGGCAUUUUAUAUUAAACUGAAAAAUUUACCAAUCAAAAUAGAAGUUAUAUUAAUAAAUAUAUCUUCAUUUUCAUCACACACUCAACUGAAAAGAAUUAAUUGUGCUUUAAAACAGAAUCUUAAUUUAACAAUAUAUGAUGUUCCAUAUGGAAAACAUUUAGCUCAUUUGAUACUAUAUUUAGUUCAAAAACACUACAAUCUAUGUUCGACCACCAUAACGGGUAUACCUAUGAAGGAAGAACAAAAUUUUUCUGGCACCAGUUGCAAUUACGACGUUGAGAUAUUGCACAGCUCUAGAGCUUACAUGGCUUCGAAUUGUGUUUCUUACCGAGAUAAAUCGCGAUUACAAACAGCUGGUAUCUUGAAUUUCCAACCUGACUCUCUAAAAACGAGGCCAUCAGUCAGUAUGACAGUGGCGGAUGCUAAUAUUCUUAUGAAUAACGAUAGCAAUUCGAAUGAAAAGAAGGGUUAUUAUGAAGAGAUUGGGUAUAGGACGGUCCUUUUGCAAUGGUGUACACCACCCAAGAAUAGUAUCAAUAAUAACACUGAUUAUUACCAGCAAAAUUCUCACGGCGCUUACAAAAUAUCACCCGUAGAUCCCCACAGCAGACCUUCAUCCUGCUUAACGAAUUUUGUUCUCUCCAAUCGAAUCGUUUUGCUCGAACAACAUCAGAACCUUAAACUCAUAUCCAGUAUACUUUCGAACGUAACGGAUAAUAACACCGCCAAACUGGACGUAGCUAAUGGUUACGAAAAGAUACUUUCCCACAUGCUCAGUCAAGUCAACGGCGCCAUAUACAUAAUGUGUCUUGGAGGUUCGUGCAAAGCCAAGAACGAAUACAAGAAAAUGUAUUUCGAGGAUUUGCAUUCCAUAACCGAGGGACCUGGAGGGAAAGUCACUGAUUAUAGGAUUCCCGAUUUUUCAAAACUCAUCAAAAUCAGUCGAUUAACGCGCAGAGAAAAUGUUAAAUACUCUACCCAAAAGGGUUUAAAGGAUCAGAACAACUUGAUUUGUUCUUUACCCGAAAUUCAUUUGUCUCGAUUGACUAAAUAUUGGCCCUUGGUGUAUAGCGAUUGUGUCUUAUUAAACAUACCAUUGCUGAUACCACUGAUCGAAAAUAUAAGUGUCGGCUUCAAAUUAAAGGAGCAAAAAGAAAGAGAAAAGCUCAAACUUGAAUGCGUUCAAAUCCUAAACUCUUUCAAGGAUUCCGAACGUCAAAACCUGAAUUUGUCGUUACCGCCGGCUCUCAUGACUAGCAUUUACUCUUCACUUUCCUCUAACACUUCAUCAUCCGCUUCGAGCUCUACCCCUACCAUUUCCUCCAAGCACCAAAACAAAAAAGAAAUCUAUAAAUAUGUUUGGAAUGAAAUUGCCACACUCAUUAAUACAUUUUGUCACACUUCACCACCCAGCUCUGUUGAAAUGAAUGGCGCCGUUAACUCGGACCAAGAAAUCCAAUUUCUGAAACGGCAUUUGAAUUCGUUAAUUAGCGGUCUUAAUAUCAACAUAAAAAAUAAUGUAGUAGAUACGGUGCCUGGUGACGGACCGGUUAUCAAGGAAGAGUUUGAAAAGAUGGAUGUUCAAGAAAAUUCUUAUAUUGCAAGCAAACGGACAUAUAAAUUAGAUAAACCUAUACCCUUGGGAUUAUUGUGGAAAGAUAUAUUAGAAACCAAUUUGAAAAAAACCACUAGAAUAAGACCUCAACUGGAAGAACGCAACAGGGCUAAAGAUAACAAAGUGGAACUUUACGUUUUUAUGAAGGACAGAUUUAAAACUGAAGAAAUGGAAUCAAAAGAGAACACUAAUAACACAAAUGCAAAAAUCAAAAGUUAAAAAAAGGAUUGAUGCAAUCAAUACACAUGAUAGUAGCUAUAGCUAUUGAACAUUUUAUAUUUAUAAUAUGCAUUAUAAUUUAUUUUAUAAUGAAUUUUCCGCUUUCAAUAGAUAUUGAAUUUAAUAAUUGUUAAGUGAAAACAUUUUUAAUUGAAUGAAUUUGCGAAGGAAUAUAAAAAUAUUUAUAUAAAACAAAAAGCAUUUCAGCACCAAUCUUAUAUUAAUUUAGGGAAACUCACUGAAACUU